AUGCCCCUGAAGCCUACUGCUGUGCCCUCCAGGGCUGAAGCGGCACAUGAGCUGCACCUGGACCCACCGGAGCCACGUCUGGGAUGGCUGAGCGACGGCGCCAGCCUGGAGCUCAGCGCAGAGAGUCGUAUGAUUUUGGAUGCCUUUGCCCAGCAGUGCAGUCGAGUUCUUAGCCUCUUAAAUUGUGGAGGAAAACUUCUGGACUCAAACCAUUCUCAAUCCAUGAUUUCUUGCGUAAAGCAGGAAGGCUCUAGUUAUAAUGAAAGACAGGAACAGUGUCACAUUGGGAAAGGGGUCCACAGUCAGACUUCAGACAAUGUAGACAUAGAGAUGCAAUAUAUGCAAAGGAAACAACAAACUUCUGCCUUUUUAAGAGUUUUCACUGACUCCCUCCAAAAUUACCUGCUCUCGGGGAGCUUUCCAACUCCAAACACCUCAACGAUUAGUGAGUAUGGCCACCUGGCCGAUGUGGAUCCUCUCUCCACCUCUCCCGUGCAUACACUAGGUGGCUGGACCUCCCCAGCAACCUCUGAGUCCCAUGGUCACCCAUCAUCUUCUACACUCCCGGAGGAGGAAGAGGAGGAGGAAGAAGAAGGCUACUGUCCCCGAUGCCAAGAGCUAGAGCAGGAGGUUAUUUCACUGCAACAAGAAAAUGAAGAGCUCAGAAGGAAAUUAGAAAGCAUCCCAGUGCCCUGCCAGACCGUUUUAGAUUACCUGAAGACGGUACUGCAGCACCAUAACCAACUCCUGAUGCCACAGCCAGCCGACCAGCCCACCGAGGGAAGCAAGCAGCUGUUGAACAACUAUCCCGUCUACAUAACGAGCAAACAGUGGGACGAGGCUGUAAAUUCUUCAAAGAAAGAUGGGAGAAGGCUCCUUCGCUACCUCAUCAGAUUUGUUUUCACAACCGAUGAGCUUAAGUACUCAUGCGGCCUUGGGAAAAGGAAAAGGUCAGUGCAGUCAGGAGAGACAGGUCCUGAAAGACGCCCUCUGGAUCCAGUUAAAGUCACAUGCCUCCGAGAAUUCAUUAGGAUGCACUGCACCUCCAACCCCGAUUGGUGGAUGCCCUCCGAGGAGCAGAUAAACAAAGUGUUCAGCGAUGCUGUGGGUCAUGCCCGGCAGGGGCGGGCAGUGGGAACUUUCCUGCACAACGGUGGCUCAUUUUAUGAAGGAAUCGAUCACCAGGCUUCACAGGAUGAAGUCUUCAAUAAAAGUUCACAGGAUGGAUCUGGGGAUUAGUGUACAGAAUCUUCCCGCUGUAGCAGCUGAUCCUUUCAAGAGCUCCAAUUGUGAAUGUUUAUUUACCAUCACCUGAGAGUCCAAAGCAUGUUGUUCAGUCAUACUUCACACAUUCUCAACCUUAAGACUCCCUUGACCACAGUUCCCAAAUAGAAAUCCAUUUUAGGGUUGUUUGGGAAGUAUAUGGCACCUACAACAGACUUUAGUAGUAUAAAAAAGAAAGAAACUGUAGUUGAUUUUAAGUGAUUACUGGCUAGACAGUGAGGGUAGAAAAAUAGGUGAGCUCCUACUCACCUGUCCUACAUCUUCAGGUAAGCUCUGCUUCUUAAGCAGAGGUAGCUUCAAGGAAUGGUGAGUUAGUGUUUGCCCAUGAGAGAAGGCAAGACAUGGGAGUUAUUGUGAGGGACAAAGAAAAAGUUUUCUCUUAUUUUAAUUCAAGUAAAUAGUCCAUGUUUUCCAAAUACUUGAAUUCUGAGUUCUCAGCAAAGAUAUCACAUGCUGUCUGUAUGUUACAAAAAGUCUAUUAUUAAUAAGAAGCCAGAGAACAGAGGCCAUUGGUAUAGACAGUGGUUAAUUGGAAGUUAACUACUUUUUUGUUGUUUAUUUAUAAAGAAAACUUCCACUGUGUUGAUCAAAAGGGCACUGUGUGAUCUCUGGAGUUUACAAAUAGUAGUCAUUUUUUAUUAAGCCAAUCAAGAAACAUCCAAAGAUUCAAAAUCAUUUUCAAAUGUUUGAUAUCUUGGUUCAUAGAUGCAUAGGUUCCAUAGCAUUAAGUCAGGCUUUGUCAACACAAUGCCAAAGUAGGGGGUUGAACAGUGAUAAUUCCAUCAAUUAGUUUGGUGCACUGAGACCAAGCUCGUGGUGCAACCUGUGGUAUUUGCUGCACUGAUCAGAUGUUCAGGCAUUGAGAACACACCUGCCUCAAGGCCAUUCUAAUAACUAUGCAAUGGGCUUGUUCAUAAUUUCUUCAAAAUUUGAGAGGUUUUCUGUGCUGUGUUGAUAUUUAGGUUUUAUCUGUUUCCCAUUGUCUUGAUGAAAAUGUCUCAUGCGAUCUGUAUGCCGCCUUUGCCCCAGGAUUCCCCUGCAUUCCAGACUCUGGGUCCGUUAACACUGUUCCACUCCAACUCAACUUCUUUUUAAUUUAUUGAGCUUCAUAUGUGAAAUUAGUUAUGUCUUUGGAACCUUUCCUAUCAACAAAUGUUACAGAGGUGCUAGAAUCAUUUCCAGAAGGUUAGUUGUUCAGCUUUGGAGGUGAGGAGAAAAUUCCUUUAGCAAACAAGUUCAGAUUAGUACAUUCUUUGUUGAACAAAGAACUAAAUGGGCAGCAUUUAUAGAAGGCUGUUAAUGUCAUCUGUGAACACAGGUUUUGAAAAUUGGAUGAAAAUUUUUAAUUCAUGAGCAUGCUAUAUUUUGUUAAAGUAAAAUCGCAAAUUCUUUGCAUUCAAUAAUUAGUAUCCAGUGUAUGUGAAAUCCUAAAAACUAAUCUUUCUUUAAAAGUUUGUUUAUGGAGAUCGUCAUUUCUCAGAUUUGUUGGACGAUUUAGGGAGAUCCUCUUGGGUGAAUUAGCUCAAGGUUGGAAGUAAAAUUAUGUUAGCAAAUUCAGUGUCUCUUAUGGCAACUGUGAGACCAAUAUCUUUGGCUAUUCAAGGAUGCAAGGAUACUUCUUGUGGUUUUAGAGGUCCAGAAAGUCAGUGUCUUAUGAGAUUUCUUUGAUGACAUGAAACCUUGUGCAGAAGAAAAACACCACCAUAGCCUUAUCUGUUUUUCCAUCUUUUUUCAUCCUGGGCUAUAGUCAUCAUUACUGCAAGGUACAUUGUCAUUUUUCUGUAGCAGCAAAACUUAAUCACAGCUUUUAAGAAAAACUUCUCUUACUAUUUACCUGUAAAUUUGAGGGUUCUGCACAUUUCUUCUCAUCUGUGCAUAGCCCUGCAUUGUGCUGUUCUUCCCUGAGGGUGGUGUGCAGUCUCAUGCAACCUGCUUGUCAGGGAAAGAACCCACAGAGUGGCUGGAGUUUUUUUCAUCACCAAGACAGCUGCUGUGCCAGGCUUGCCACACCACCUUUGUUCCAGAGGCAUACCUACUCUCUUCCCUCCCCUGCACCCCCUUCCAGGUGAAUUAUCAGCUGUCUUUUAAUAUGCUACAAAUUCUAGACUGUUCAAACACAGAUUGGCUAUCUUGCACUUAAGGAAGCUAAGGCCCACAGGGAUAACUUAAUCAGCAUCCCAUAGCCACAUCUCAUGCUUCUCUUUGUGUCUAGACCUGUGAUCCCCAGCCUGGAGUCUUGUGUUCCAUUGUCCUCAACACUGAGUCUUGUGCAUCCCACCUGUUUAGUUUACCACCUGACCCAGGUGCAACAUCAGUUCAGAUAAUCUGGCCCCUCUCCUUAUCGAGUAUCUGUGCUGCCGUUUGAGCUUCACCUGUAGGCUAGUGUGUUACCUGGGUGUGUUAAAGAUUCCUACAUGGUCACCUCAUUGUUAAAUCAGAUCUUAACAAAGGAUGUAUUUUUUGGUAAGGGUCAGCAGCCUCUGGCAGUUUAACUCACCACUAAAGAUGACAUCCCAUUAUAGCUGUUAGCUUUCCCAUGAUCUAGAGAUUUGGUGGUGUGGCUUGUUUUCUUGAUUGAUUUGCCACAUCUUUGGUAGUCGGACACAUUGUUCUUUUGUCAACUUUUUCCCUUGAAUCAUUUCAGCAUUGGUGUAAUUGUUAAAACUCUAGGAAUGCAGAUGUGUUCCAUUUCAUUGGUGAGAGAUGGUCCCAGGGCUAAUCUGACUGCAAAGACCAAAUGUGGCAAUUUUGUCAAUGGCUAGAUGGGUCCAGGGUACAAGCUAUCAGAAGAGUCCAUACCUACCAAAAGUGACAGUGUCUUGGCAUUCCUUGUGUUUUCCAUAUUUCUGCUUCUCAAAGUAAACUGAAGCCCCAGCAUGGUUCCAGCCAGGUUAAGGAUAACCCUGGAAAGAGCUGUCAGUAACUUAGAUCAGGAACCUGGGGAGGGGAGCAAUAUUCUGCAAGCCAUUGAACCAAGUCACAGUUCUCACACUUUCUGACGGUGCAUUGUUCAGAAAUCUCAUGGUUGGUUCCCCCAAGUGUUAAGUGCUUUUGAGAAAAACUGGAAACAUUUCAAUUUACUUGAAAAUGUUUUCUCCAGUCCUUAAACCUGGGCAGCCCUUCCUGCUUGGUAUUCCUUUUUCCACCACAGCAUCAGUAAAAGUGAAGUGAGUGAUUAUAUAUUUUGGAUCAUUCUUUAGCUCUUCAUAAGUAAUAAAACACAUUUAUAGAAGAGUCUCAUCAGGACUAUCAGGAGAUACAUAUGUAUGUUGUUAUAAUCUUUAAUUUGACCCAGCUACUCUGUGUGGCAUCAAGUAAUGGUAACUGAUGUUGAUAAAAUGUUUUAAAUCCAGUAACUUUCUUGUAACACCUGAUAUUUAUGCAAAACCUAGACAAGAACCCAAACUUUAGAAUCUGCUGAUUUGUGAUUUCUACAUUUCCCUGCUGCUUUUAAUGACUUGUGCCUCCCUUCUGUUGCUCUCAAAAAAUGGAUGGAGCAUUAUAUAAAGAUGAAGUAUACAAUGUUUAGAAACACAAACACACAUUGCACUCUCAUUUGGAUUCUAUCAUUCAAUAUGUGCUCUAGACUUAAACCUAAUACCCAUUGACUACCUCCUCAGUUUAUUAGAUUUCAAUUUUUUAAAGUUUCAUUCUUGGAUAACGCAUUUAAAUGUAUAACGUUUCUCAUUCAGUGCUAUGUCAUUUCAUAGUACAGAUCUGUGUUAAUUUUUGACAGCUCUUAUAUACAGAUUUGUAGAAAUGUAAUAGAAAAUGAUUUUGCACAUAUGGUGCAAAUCUUGCUGGUGUAAGUUUAAUGUAGUGACAUGUGCCAAAGCUGCUUGGCAAAACAUGUCAAAUGGAAUGCUCAAGUCAGAACUCUAAUGUAAAUGUGUCUAAACAACAGUAUGUAUCAUUAUGUAUUUUUGUAAACAUAGUGAUGGCUUCUUUCAGUCAUUUAAGUACUGGAUAAAAAUAACUGCUUCACUUGAAAUAAUGGAGGGAAAUGUCACCCAGACUAUGGCAAAGUUGCUUGCAUUGUUAGGCAGUGGCAUUGGAUUUUUCAUUUUCUUUUUGUUUUUGUUUUACAGAAGUGUGAAUUGACAUCAGACAACAUCAAGAAACCCCCCCUCUGAAAAAAAAAAACCUCAUUAAGUACUUACCUUAUAAACGUAAAUGUUAAAACUUAGCUGACAUGUUAACACAUUAGAGAUGACUAUUACCCUUCACCAGUAUAUCAAAUAGUGGGAAACAUUGCAAGGGUUGGACUUCUCUCAUCUAAUGACCACCAUGGUCAGUUUGAUUGUUGAAAGCAUUAAAUUACUAUAUCCCUGCAAUAACAGUGACUAGAUUAAGCUUUUCUCAUCAUCACUCACAGCUGGUUAAUACAAGGCUUUGUUUUCAUUGAAUCACUAGUCCCCAGAUUGCAGUGAAAGUGCAUGUGCUAGUAGAACCUAUUCAAAACCUGUUCAUUCUCAGAAUAAUUGCACUAGUACAAGUGGCCAGAUGUGUCUUGGCCAUGUUGGAAAACUCUUCUUAGGGCCCAUUCAAAAACACUAUGACUAGAAUAGUUAACUACAGCUAACUAAGAAAUGCAACUAUUGUGUUCUGGUUUGCCAGUUGUUUUGAUAAGCACUGUAAUGCAUUCUUUCAUACAAUCACAGCUACCCCCUGAGGCCAUUCCUUUUGUUAUCUGUGGAUAAGGAAACCGAGUGAUCCAUCAAGAUCAUUGUAGGUUCAGUAAGUGGGAUGACCCGUUCAGUUUUCCCCAGUAGUCAAAGCUCAGUUCUCAAAACUUAUCUACACUUCUAGGUGGAUUUUUUUUUUUUUUUUACUUAAGCCAGCAAGGAAAAGUUGAUAUUUGUUUGUACUUAAAUAAGAGCAUACAAAAUACAUAUCCUCUGAAAACUACCCAGGUUUCUGCAUAAAGUUUGACCUAACAAUCUGUGAAGACCAGAAAAGUUUUAAUUUAAAAGAAGUGAAUAGAUUAAAACUGCUAGUUCUUUCACAUUUGUCUUAUAGUCCUAGUAUUAAAAUACAGGGAUAUAAAAAGGGGAAAAAAUCUAAUUUGGUGAAAUGACAGUCUUUGGGGGCUCCUAGAAGUGGCACUGGGCAUGGGCCAAUGUUCCAUUGUCUACAUUUGUUGUAUUUGUAGCCUUAGAGUUAAGUCAGGUGUGGAAGAGUGUUUUAAUUUACAAUGUCAUUGUGAAAGUGGUUGUGAAGAUUUUGUAGGUAUAUACAGUAAGUUGAUCUUUUCCUAUAGUUUUGGCUUUAACAUCAAUUUGGCUGUGUUUUAAGUUCAAGCAUGCCAAGGUCAUGAGGGGCCUGGUCAAGUUUAGGAACAGGGCAUGCCAGAGGUAGGUCACAGAGCUUUCAAGGUCACUGGUCCAGCCUGACCCUGCCCGGUUUAAGCAUUGCCUUUAUGCCUCUCUCUAGAAUUUCAUGUAGCAGCCUAACAUUGGGGCCAACUUGCCUUUACUCUAUUUUCUAUGAUGAAUACUUGUGGAAAAACUGUGACAAAUCCAUUGAUCCUAAUAUUUUUAUUGUUGGAGUCUUGUGGAUUCUCUAUGAAUAAUUUCUAUUUGAUUGUACUGUGUAGAGUUAAUACCCAUUAGGGAAAUGUUAAUAAAACUACAAAUGCAUAGUGUAAUAUAGAAUAGAAAAGAAAAAUUUUUGUGAACAAUUUAUAUAGAAGAGUAAGUUGUUUUUUAAGUGUUAGGUACAUUUCUUUUAGGAACUUAAAAUGUUAUAAGAGUUUUUUAAACAUUCAAUAUUUUUAAUUAUAAGAGACAUUUGUUACUAGAGCCAAUUAUUUCAGGUGUUCUAAUUGGAGUAUUGAUUUUAUUACCUCAUAUACCUCUAGAAUGCCACAUGUUCUGUUGGGGAUAAAAUUGCACAAUAAAUGUCAAGUCUCUGUUAAGUGUUUUAAA